AUGGAAACUCAAGGUCAACAACAAGGUCAACAAGCUCAGCAAUCUCAGCAGCAGCAAUCCCAACCUCAAAAUAACCGUAAUAAUAACAACAACAAUAGAAGAAGACAACAAGGACCAAAGCCAGAUGGACCAAAGAGAGAGGCUAUUUUGGACUUGAACAAGUAUAAGGAUCAACAAAUUAGAGUCAAGUUUAUUGGUGGUAGACAAGUUGUAGGAACUUUGAAAGGAUUUGACCAAUUAAUGAACUUAGUUUUGGAAGAUGUGACUGAGAAUUUGAGAGAUCCAGAAGAUGAAACUGUAUUAACUAAAGAAACAAGAAACCUUGGUUUGGUAGUGGUAAGAGGUCCAACUUUACUCACCAUUGCUCCUGUUGAUGGAAGUGAAGAAAUUGACAACCCUUUUGUUAACCCAGAGUAG